UCAGCAGUUUCAGGCUGAACUGAGCUAGCUGCUAUGCUAUCAAACAGGUUGUUAGCCCGUAGAGCUUACACACUGUUGAAGUAGUUAGAUAAACGCAGCAGCGUUGUGACAGGGAGCCUGACAACACGUGGAAGUCAGACAGAGUGAACAUGCGGAUAUGUGACUACAUAUAGGAAAACACGAAUAUGGACAAGGAGAGCAAACUGUCAUCUGCUGCCCUGCAGUCUUCUGACUUGAGGCUGCAGUGGAGACAGAGAAAGGAUCCUGCAGAGCCACACACAGCCUCAUCCCCACCUCUAAUGCUACCAAAUCCUUAUGUGUCUGAACAGAGUUUAAGAGGGAACUGGUCGUCAGGUCACAGCCAGAAGCAGAAUCCAUCAAAUACAAAUGGAGCAACAGCAGAGGGAAAAGUAGUAGGCGUGUCAAGAAGCCAUGGCUACAGCAGCAGCCGUCGAGUUAAAGACACCAGGGAGGAUGUCCUGCAGAGAGAAAGGUCCACACAGGAUGCACAAGCAAAGACAUCAAAAGGCAACAUUGGCUUCCCUGCGCAAGGCAGAUUUCUGAGCAAGAACUCACUGGAAGCCCAGAAAAAAGGUUUUAGAAGUGCCAGGUCUGCCCCAAACUCUGAAGGGAAGUCCAAACCAGCAAAGGAAGACUUGGCCCCAUUUGAAGUGAAGAUGACUGACUUCCCAGAGUUAGCUGGGGGUCCGAUGGGCAAACCGGGCCCUCCGAUUGCUUCAAGAGAAGGCUGGGGUCUAACUCCUCCUCCAACCCCGAGCCCACAAACACAAACAUCAGCAUCUUCAUGGAAGUCUGCCAGGAAAGAAUCCCCAACACAGACUGACCCCCGAAAAAUAUACACCAAUGCUAAGCCAGAUUCAUCAGCUACGUCAACAGGUCAGCCUGAGGUAACCUCCUGGGCUAAUGUUGCCUCUCAGCCUCCAAAGAAACCUGUUCCUAAAGAGAAGACCAUCAACAGCGACCACAUGCAGACGGAAGAAAUGACUGCACAGCAGGAAGAGGGAGCUCCAGGGAAGAAAAAGAGAAAGAAAAAGAAGAAGAAGUCUAAAGGUGAAGAUGCAGAAGCUGAGGCCGAAGAGCCAGCAAUGUAUCAGGCACCUCCUAAAUUUGAGGAUGAGGAAGAGUUCCCAGGCUUGACUCCUGCUCUGACUGGGGCAGAUAGAUUGACAACCAGCAGCUAUGCAGCAAAACUAGGCAAUGAGGAAAACCAAAGAGAAAUUGUUCAGCAUCAGUCUGCUGACCAAACCAAGGGGAAAUCAGCUGCCGGAAAAUCUCAGCCAACAGAGACAUCUAAGAAAGGACAGAAAGCUGAAAAGGUGUCUGGGAAGAAAAGCAAAGUUCCUGUUCAGCUGGACAUCGGAAACAUGUUGGCCGCUUUGGAAAAGAAGCAAUCUCAAAAAGUCAAGCAGGACGCCAAACCACUCGUUCUCUCAGUUGGUGGAGGACUACCAGUUGUCCAGAAGCAACCAUUAGUCCAGAAAAAGCCUCCCUGGCAGCAGGAUAAAAUUGCACACAAUCCCCUGGAUUCCACCAGCCCUUUGGUGAAGAAAGGAAAGCAGAGAGAGGUGCCAAAAGCUAAGAAACCCACUCCUCUUAAAAAGGUCAUUUUAAAAGAAAGAGAGGAGAGGAAACAAAAACGUUUGCUGGAGGAGAGAGGGCUGCUGCCGGAAAGUGAGCUCCGGAGUCCGACACCUACAGAAGAACUUGAAGAUCAGUCAGAGAUGAACUGCACAAGCCAAAUGGUGAAAGAGGGCGAUGAAGAGGAGGACAAAGAGGAGGACAAAGAGGAGAUUGUAGAGCAACAACCCAUCUCACCUGUGCCCUGCCAACCCAGUCGACCCAAAAUCCACAGCAGGAAGUUCAGAGACUAUUGCAACCAGAUGCUGAGCAAAACCGUGGAUGAGUGUGUAACGACUCUGCUGAAGGAGCUGGUUCGAUUCCAGGACCGCCUUUACCAGAAGGACCCCAUGAAGGCUCGCAUGAAAAGACGCAUUGUGAUGGGGCUCAGAGAAGUCCUGAAGCACCUCAAACUCAGGAAGGUCAAGUGUGUCGUCAUCUCACCCAACUGUGAACGCAUCCAGUCCAAAGGCGGCCUGGACGAGGCUCUUUACACCAUCAUCGACACUUGUCGUGAACAAGGGGUGCCGUUUGUGUUUGCCCUCUCCAGGAAAGCUUUGGGUCGCUGCGUCAACAAGGCAGUGCCUGUCAGCCUGGUGGGCAUCUUCAACUAUGAUGGUGCACAGGACUUCUAUCAUAAGAUGAUCGAGUUGUCGUCUGAGGCCAGGAAAGCCUAUGAGACGAUGGUGUCAAGCCUGGAGCAGACAGGCCAGGAAGAGGCAGAGGAGGCAGGGAGCAAUGAGGAAGAGCUGCAGAUCAGCAGCCCGGCUGAGGAGGCGGAGCCCAGUCCCGACCCCACACAGCCAGAGGAGCCGGAGUACAUGAAAAUUUGGAAGAAAAUGUUGGAGAAGGAUUGCAACCACACAUUUCUGAACUUUGAAGAGCAGCUGAGCUCCAUGCGCUUAGACAGUGAAUGUACAGAAAACACUGAAGAAGAUGAGAAGAGUUGACAGUGGCCAAUCUCUCUGUGCCUAAACAAAUAAUGAACUUAAUCGCGCUGAUUAUAUGUUUGGAAGAAACUUGGAUGGGAUAAUCCAACAUGCAGAAAAGGAUUAAUGCAAGCUGCUCUGCUUCAGUGAUUCAACCUUAGGAUUUUGUCAGGAAGUUAAUGAUUUUGGUAAAGUUGCAAGGACUGUCUUUUCUUUUUGAAAAAGUAAUAUUUUAGUUUUGAGUUGAAGAUAAUCAGGCAAAGCCAUGUAUUUUAGAGUUUGUGGGUUAGAAACUGGAGAGGAUUAAUCACUGACUUUAUAGGACCAAACCACUCAUUUGAAGAAAUCCCACAAUAUGAAUUUUGAACCAUGUGGUCUGUGAUCAGAGUAGAGGACGAACAGGGGUUUAUGUACCGUGUGUAGAAAAUCAACCAGUUACACAGUACAAAGAAAUGAUCAGUGGUGACUUCUGCCCUGAAACCAUUAUGGUGCUUUUUGACCUCUUAUCAAUUCAGUUUAAAGUAUAUCCUGUCUGCCAUUAUUUGUCAGGGACAUUAGAGUUAGAACAGAAAAUGUAGGAAUGGACAAGGAGAAUUGCCAAACGCAAACUGAAAUAGGGCUUAAAUAAAGUCAAAUAAUAUUUACAACUUGUGAAAUGGGAGGAGGAAACUAAAUACGAUAUUCAAGCUUUUGAAUUCAAAUAUGAUGUUUCUUGUUCGGAAAAUAUAUUGAGAAACUCAAUGCAUCCACCCUGUACAUGACACUGAAGUUGUCACCUUUUAUAGUAUACUGUUUUUGCUUUUAGUAUAAAAACAACAGCAUAUUAAACCAAUAUACACUAACAA